UAUAACUCAUGGCUCUGCAUCAGCUUCCUUCCAUGAUCAUUACACGAAUUAUCCGGUUCUUGUCUUAAAUUCUGAAAGGUAGGAUUUUAAAUUAAUUUAUUGGUUUCAGAAUAAUUGUUGCUAUUAAAUAUUGCGACUCUAGCCACUAGGGAUGUGCAUGAAUACUCUAAAAUAAUUAUCAAGAGCAUAAACAAUGAUAAGUCCUGUGUAACUUUUUUGCUGAAUUUGAAAUUCAGUUACUCUCUUCAGUGCAAUUGGCUCCCCUAGUGAAAAAUAUAUAUGUAUUUGAAACUAAUAUCUUUCAUGCUAAGUAUACCACAAAUACAUUUACAUAUUUAUGCACUUAAUAGAAAUACCCUGCAAUUGUACUUUAAGUAUACUAAACUGGCAUACUUAAAGUCUGCUAAAUAAGAACAACUAAUUUUGUACUUAAUGCACUUUCAUUGUCCGGAAGUAAUGGUGAAGUCCAAUUAAAGAUAUACUGAAGUAUAUUUGACUGUGCUAAAAUGGUUGGAUCUACUUCAGGUAAACUUUAAAUAUCUUGUAUUUAAAGCCUGAUAUUAUUCAAAGAUAAUCAAUAGUGAUAUUAAAACAUUUUAGCCUUAAUAUGAAGAAAUGUGCAUUGUGCACAAGUAAUACUCCAAAUAAAGUUAAAUUAUAAUUAUACAUUGUAAUUCUGAAACGAUAUGUCAGUAAAUAUGUUAAUACAUUUGAACUAUACUUAGUAUGAAAUAAAUGUAUUUUAAAUAUAUUGCUUUAGAAAGACUCUUUAAAAAUAUAUAUUUCAAACACAACGCCACUCAGCCUCGUCAUUUUCAAGCCUUUGCGAAUACUUCAGCAUUUGAGAAAAGUUUCAAGAAUUGCACUUCUGCCAAACUUAUUUUAAGAAAUGUCAUAACUCCUUUCUUAUGAAUCUGGCUACUGGACAUAUUGCUGAACACACAGUUUCCCUGCAAGAGAUGACUAAAAUAGACAAAAAUUACAGUUUAAAUGUUAAAAGAGAACAUUUCAAUAUCAGUCAGGAUUUUCAUCUUCAACCUUCAAAUGAACUUCAGUCAGUUCACAAUUUCAGCUGUCGCCUGUAAAGGAAAGUGUGAAAAUAUUAAGAGGAAACCAGCUUAAAUGCAAAAACACACCAGUAACAGGUAUGUGACGGAAUAGAAAUUCACGUUGACCUAAUGUGACUGCUUAGAGGAGGGGUCUCACUCAUAAGCGGAAAACUCUUUUACUCGAAGCCUGGUGCAGAGUUCAGAAAACUGCCUGCCUGUCAGCGUGUGAUGUUAUCUGUAUGUGCUGAGGUAACAUUUCUUAUAUCUUCGCAGAUGUAGCGAUGUUGUGGUGAGCCCUCCUUUUACUGUAAACACUACUGAGUUUGUGUGUGUGCACGUGUGCUGCGGUGGCAUGUCAAUCUACAAACUACAAGAAGGACAUGACUCUUCUCUCAUAGUGGUAUCAGUUCCACCGAAUCAAACCAAUGAGUUGACAGCUCAUAAGUGUGAGUAACAGUUAAGGAGAAAGAGUUAGUGGAUCAAGAUUAGAUAAAGUGAAUUCAUGUUUUGGAAAAUAAACCAAAAAUAGAAACCAUUAUGGCAGCUCUCAGACAAAGUGUACUUUAUGCGAAGCAGAUGCUUUAAUCUAAACUCAGGAUAAAAUGAUGAGCUUCAUGGAUUCUGUGUGAUUGGAUGUUAUUCAACCACUGGCAUCACUACUGAUUUCACAUCUCAGAAUGAGUGUCUGUUAAGAGCGUGUCUUUUUACUCAUGCUUUUACUCAGAAUGAGACAUGAUGAUGGAUCAAGACCCUUUUCAUCUAGAGUGUUUGUGUGCGCAUGUAUUCAUUUCAAAGAGAGACGGAGAGAAAGAGAGAGUGUGUUUUGGAACUAGUUUAAAGUUAAAAGAAGACAGAAAACCUUUAAUGGAACAUUUGGGGUAGAGGAAAAAGAUGCGCAGGAGAAAUAUCAACAGAAAGACCCGCUGCUGCUAUUGGGGGUCCUGAGGACACUCAUAUAACGUUUGUUGAACUUAGUUUAAAUAUGACUCAUCUGACAUUUCUGAUAAAGAUUUAAUGCUGAAGAGCUGUCCCCUCAUCUUCAAAGUUUCAGAGGGGCCUGACUAACUCACAGCUCUCGUCUUUUUCUCCUAUCUGGUGCAUGCUCUCAAGGUAAGACUUCAGCCACACUCUUCUGAGGACUUCACUAUCAUAGAGCAUAUUUAAAGGAUGCGGGAUUUAACAGGGAUGGUAAAAAAGGGUCAACUUGUAUGUGAUGUUGCAACAAAUCUAUAGUGAUCUUAUUGUGAGACUAAAAAAUAGUUUUAUCAAUGUAAAUUAAAAGUUAAAAUCAAUGACAGCUACAAAAAGGUAACUAGGUCAAGCUGAUUUUAGUAAGCGAAUGGCCGGAUCUGUCAGGGUUUUUUUUUUUUUUUUUUUUUUUACUGUGCUGAAAUGUUCAUUGUAUAAUCAUUAACACUUAAAGUAUUUCAUGCACUUAUUUGUACAGAGUAUGGAGAUGAGCAAUAGCAAAGUAACGUUAUUGACUCAUUGUUUGUUUCAACAAAAUUAUGUUUGUUUUGGAAUAAAAGUAUUUAAUUUUAAUUAGAGAACUUAUAAUUUCUCAUAAUGGCAGAAUAACAUUACUAACUCACUGUUUGUUUCAACAAAAUAGUAUUUGUUUUGGGGAAAAAAGUAAGGUUUUUUUUAAAUAUACAACUUUUCAAAAGUAAAACAAAAAAUCUAAUAAAAAUAUAUAUGUUAUAUUAAUGUUAAGAUGUUAGAGAUCAGAUGUUAAAGAUAACAUUUCUGCUAAUAUAUAUAUAAAACCUAACCCUAACCCUAACCUAACCCUAACCCUAACCCAUAUAUGUUAUUAUUAUUUAUUUUUUUAUUGCAUAUUUAAUUGAUCAUACUUUGUGACAAAAGAUCAAAAUAAAGGGAGGGGACCUAAUUUAACCAAAAAAUUAUUUAUCAGUAAUUAUCACAUUUAACAUGAAGUGAGGCCAGUCACAGCCAAGUAAUAUAUUCAUGAUUUGUAUGACUUAACAGUCUCUGAACCCAUUUAAAGUCAUUCCAGGUGUCAUGUGUCAUUCUGAGCCUUCACAUGCUUCUUUUUUCUCUUCCAGUAAGAUGCUUGCCCUGCUCAGUGUCCUCCUGCUUUCAUCACAUGUCCUUCCACUCGUCCAAUCAACGUUGUGCGAUGACAAAACAGAGUACUUAUAUGACCAAACAUGCUGCAAAAAAUGUAAACCAGGAGAGUAUGUGUUAGAGAACUGCAAAUACCAGUCUGCUACUCAGUGUGCGACAUGUGGAAAUGGCUUCUUCACGAACGACUAUAACAGCUAUUUCAACUGGUGCCCUGAUUGCAGAACGUGCACCAAAGACUAUAUGACGUAUAAGAAGAACUGUACGACAACAAGUAAUGCAGUGUGCACAUGUGUUGAGGGCUACAGAUGCACAGACAGUGAUUGCCAAGCGUGUGAGAAAAUUCAGACAGCUACUGUUCCUUCAGCUAUUACUACAACAAUACCGCCCACCCAUGAAAUGCACGACAAUAUGGAUGGAUCAUGCCAGCAUCACCUGACAAGAGCAACUCUGGAUCCAGCCAGUGCACAGAGGAAGAGGAGGUACCAAUGCCAGUCCAGGAGAUGUGUGGAAAGACUGAAAAACUGGAGGAUGUCUGAGAAAAGAGCAGGAAAAAGACCACUGAUGCGUCUGUGGAUUGAGUAUUUAAUCUGAUACAAACCUGCAAAAUCUGUACUCAGGUGACCCAUCUGAAGGUUUUGUGAGAAUGACUGUCCUUCCUGAGAAAUGCUGAGAUAGAGAGAGAUUUGUGUUGCCACUGCACAUAACAUACAACAUAGAGCUAAUCUUUUUCAACAAAUGAAGGUUUUAUUCUCUGCUCGCUUGUUUGUAUUUAUAAUUGGGUAGUUUUUGGUCACCAUGCCUAUGGACUUUUCUAAGUGUAAAUGAAUGUAUGAGGUAAAGUGCAUGUAAAUUUAUUGUUUAUGAAGCUUUUCAUUUAUUUUAACAUGUCUCAAAGUAAUAUGAAUUUAUAGAAACUGCAUCUAUAAAAUGAUAAUAAAAUGAACAAAAUAUUGUUUCAAAUAUUUUAAAAAGCAGUUUUUGAUGGGAAUAUAGCAUUUCAUUUCCUAGAAGUAUCUUAAAGUAUGUCAACUACCUACCCAGUUGUAUAAAAUAGAAAUUGUAUUUGCAUUUGCUAUGAAAUUAAUGAAGUGCUCUGAGAAACAUAUACAAAAAUAAAUCUUUAUUGGUUUUAUUGCA